GGCGGGGAAGCAAAAGCGCGGGGAGGUCUCUUCUUCCUCCGCCGCUGCCGCCCUUCCAGCCCCCAAGUCCCAAAUCAACCGGGCGGGCUGGUCCGGCGGCGGGCAGCCCGCUGGGCGGAGCCAGCCCCGCAGAAACACGGCAGGGCGGGCCAGCCGCCGACCACAAAAGUCCUGGCUGGCUGCGAGAGACGUGCAGCAGGGACGAGAUUAUGGGAGACAGCAUGGAGUCGGUCUUCAACAAGCCCAAGGUAGAACUUCAUGUCCACCUGGAUGGAGCCAUUAAACCAGAAACCAUUUUAUAUUUUGGCAAGAAAAGAGGAAUCAAGCUCCCUGCAGAUACUCCUGAAGGCCUCCUGAAAUAUGUUAGUUAUAAAGAGCCGCAGAGUUUCACAGAGUUCCUAGAAAAAUUUACUUAUUAUAUGCCAGCAAUUGCGGGUGACCGCGAGGCUGUGAAAAGAAUUGCUUAUGAGUUUGUGGAAAGGAAAGCGAAUGAAGGUGUUAUCUAUGUUGAGGUCCGCUACAGUCCUCAUCUCCUUGCCAACAGCAAAGUAGAACCUAUCCCCUGGAACCAGAAAGAGGGGGACCUUACUCCAGAUGACGUGGUUCACCUUGUUAAUGAAGGCUUAAAACUUGGAGAGGAGAAAUUCGGCAUCAAAGCCCGGUCUAUCCUCUGCUGCAUGCGCCACAUGCCAAGCUGGUCAGCCGAAGUGGUGGAGUUGUGUAAGAAGUAUCGGAAUGAUUCAGUGGUAGCUAUCGACUUAGCUGGGGAUGAGUUGAUCAAUACUUAUAACUGCCCAGGACAUCAGAAAGCUUAUGAGGAAGCUGUAAGGUGUGGUAUUCAUCGGACUGUUCAUGCUGGUGAAAUUGGACCACCUGAUGUCAUCAAGGAGGCAGUCCACCUCCUAAAGGCAGAACGAAUUGGCCAUGGCUACCACGUUUUGGAAGAUGAAGAUCUCUAUAAAAAGCUGUUGGAAGAAAAAAUGCAUUUUGAGGUCUGCCCUUGGUCUAGUUACCUCACUGGAGCAUGUAAAGUUCCCUUCAAUAAUCAUCCAGCGAUAAGGUUUAGGAAAGAUGGUGCAAACUACUCGUUGAACACAGAUGAUCCACUCAUUUUUGGGUCCACAAUUCACACAGAUUACAAGAUAGCUCAGGAAUCCAUGGGUUUCGAUGAGGCAGAAUUCAAGAGAGUGAACAUAAAUGCAGCCAAGUCCAGCUUCUUGCCAGAGAAAGAGAAGAAAGAGCUUCUCUACAAGCUGUAUGAUGCCUAUGGGAUGGUAAAAAGCACAGAGUUCUAAUCCCUUCUGUGUCACACAGCCAUGACCUCUUCUCAUGACGUCUCUUUGCUUCUUGGAAAACGACGCACAAACUUAGUAUUACUAUCUUGUUCACUAUUCUAUCCACAAAGUGGGGCAUGCAGUAUAUAUACAGAACAGUAUUCCCAUGGUGUACAUAUUAUAUCUGCCUAUAGCAUCCAAAUAGCAUAGAUUGGAUGAACUGACAACUAACAAUAGGCCAGCCUAUAUUAAGUUUACAUGACCACUCCUUAGGCAGAAGACGGGCAACUUCUCUCUCUUGAUUUGAAGGUUUGGAAAAGGGAUUGCUGCUUCUGGUGUUUACAAUCUUCACUCUGGUUUUGCAGGUUUUUAUAUUUCAAAAGCCUAAUUGAGCAGAGUAGGGGUGUGCAUGAACCACGGUUCGAGCACCAGUUCGGCACCACGGGGAGCAGAGGAGCUUUAGGAAAGAGGAGAGCAGGUCCUUACCUGUUGGCCGCC